AUGGAGAGCUAUGAAAUUGGUAGGAAUUGUUUGCUCAGAAUGAAGCGGAAAGCCGUUGUAUGUUCGUCGAAGAAAGUGGCCAAAAAGUUGCCAAGCAAAGCAAGUGGGGAAGAGGCUGCUGAGGUGCCUUCUAUCGAGCACUGGUUUCGUGCUCCUUAUUUUGGAGUCGGGGACAGAUUCUGGCAACAAUUAGAGGAUAAAAGGACUGUUAAUCAAUCUCAAGUUUUGUUGGGGGUACCCGAGGCAGAAGAAGGAGCAGAGGGGAUGAUAGCUCCAGAAUCUAUUAUGCGGUUACACAUAGAGCGCGACCUCUACCCAUAUGCAUUCCUAACUUAUGACAGCUAUGCUUUUACCAAGAAUGGUGGGGGUUUUGAUACUUGGGCUGAGGAAGUGCUGACUAAUCCUUCUUCUAAAGAGGUUUUAAAGAAUGUAGGUGUGUAUGGUGCUAUAGUGGCAAGUGUGGGGUUGAAUGUGAGAAGGGAGCCAUCAUGGUUGAGCGUGGCUUUUUCGCGUUGGAGUUCUAGUUCUCACACCUUUGUCACUCGGUGGGGGGAAUUGACACCUACAUUGGAGGAUGUCUGCGCAUUGACUGGUUUGCCUAUACUUGGUGUUGCAGAUCCGCUUGCUAAUACAUCCGUUCCGAAUCAUCUAAAGAUUGUAUCGAUUUUGAAAGCCUCAAUUUCAGAGGCAGGAUUCUUAUUGAGCGGCUACGAUAAAGGAGGGGUGUAUCUUGGGCCGCAGCGUCGGGAGCAUUGUAAGAAUACCUUUGGGGGAUGGCUGCGAUAUUGGUAUCGAGAUUUGAAUCCAUCUCCGGCAGAAGGAACCGAAAUAGAAGAAAAUGGGGUAGAUGGGCCUGGAUAUGAAAAGUAUAAGCAUAGUUCCACCUACCUUGCUGCUUUCCUUGCAUAUUGGUUGAGUCGGUAUAUCUUGGAGGGAGCACCUAAGGAUGGAGUAGACCUGUCUGUGUUUGAUAUUGCUGCUUAUCUUGCGAGUGGUCUUUCGGUUGCACUUGGGCCACUGUUUUUGGGGACUCUAUACAGACGGCUUGAUAUGUAUCAGGCUGGAGCAGAGAAGUCGAAGGGUCGGUAUGAUGUUAUUAGUUUUGUAUCGACUUCCUUCUUGCAGAUGUUUUUGUAUGAACGGUUUCCCAGGCUUGCUCCUAGGCCGACGGAUUUUGAGCCUGGAGAGGGGCGAGAGCGCCGAGCUACAAGGUGGUACGGGACACGCAUUCGGGGACCGCUGAUGGAUAUUCUUGAUGAUGAGAGUGAGUUUAUAGCUCGUCCCUACGUUCCUCCUGUGGUUGGGGUGGUUCCGUUUCGGAUGUAUGACUCGAGAGAUUCUGAGGUGGCUUUUGAUGGUCGACUGAGUAAUGCCGAGACAAUGACGGCUUGUAGCUUCUUGUCAUGUUCCUUGCCUUAUUUUAUAGGAGGAGCUUAUGGCUCUACAUCCUAUAAUCCGGCGAGAGUGGCUCGCCAAUUUGGAUUUGAUCAGGGGGUCCCUAGUCCUAGCGUAGUCCUUCCUGUGUCUGAUACUUUUGAGCAGUUUUUCUGUCAUACUCAUCUUCCGAGACUCCAGAAGUAUAGCAAGUUUAUUCAGACGAGGGCUGAUCGUGUAGGUGGGGUAACAGUUAGUUGGCGACAUUAUUGGAGGGAGACUUUUGCCGCCUUUCAAGAGUUUCUCGGGGGUGAUAUUGGGGACUUAGAGUUUAUAUGCAUUCCAUCGGAUAACGAACUGUGUCAACCGCGCGUGAAAGGCCGGAAUGAAUUGGCUAGGGGCGAGUUGUCUCGAUUUGCACGUUUAGAGUUACUCUCUGAUGUGUUGACUCAGGCAAGGGUCGUUGGUACAGACGGUUUUCUAGGGGAAGUUGGUAUAUCCAAACGACGCCCGAGCCAGCCUAAGAAGGAGCCUUCCCAGAGAAUGAAGGUACAAAGGUCAGCUACCCAUCAUGAUGUUUCUGUGGCACUUAGGGUGGCGGGCAUGCCUUCUGAGGAAGAGAACUCUGCUGAUGAUUUGCUUCCGCAUCGGCGGUUGCGGAAACAAAGUAAUGCUAAAGGUUUUAGUGAUUCCGAAAGUGAAGGUGACGAUGGGGAUAGCUCAGAGGCCAAUUUGAAUGCAAGAGAUGAUGAUGUUGUUAAAGUUACAUUCGAGCGGGCAGAUGUUCCUCUUGAUAGGAUGAGAUCUGAGGUUGUUGCGCCAUGUGGUGAAAGUAGAGUGACUUUUGCACCUCCUCUAUUGCAGUUAGGACAUCCGGUGGCACAGUCAGUUAGGCUUAGGGAGUCCGAUGUUGAUGACCCGACUGGUCAGUUGCCUUUGUCUGAUGUUCAGUCUCGCCUGCCUCCUGGUGGAGUCCCUACCAUAUCUUUAUUUGGUGGGAGUAGUGGUUUUUCAUCGGUCGAUGCUCAUCUUAGUGUGCCUUCAGUUGUGGCUUCAGUUGGUGCUCAGACUAGCCUUCAUUUGGUGGAUGUUCAGCCUGGUACUUUGCCUGCUUCGUUGGGAGUUACUACUAGUCUGCCACUUGGUAAGAGUGGUAGUUAUGUCCAUGAUGAUACUAUUGCUCCCGACGGUCAGGCGAGUUUACCUUUCUUGGAUGGCGAGUUUACCGUGACCCGUCUUGAUGGUGGUUGCGUAUCCUUAGCAGGGGCUGAUGGCAAGGAGCAAGCCCUCGAUUCCAAAGUACUGUUUGCUGGCGUGCGAGAUGAAUGUUUGCCUAGACUGAGCUUUAUUUUUGAUCAUAGACCCAGCACUUUCAUGCGUUUGGAGGCUAUGUUCUUACGACGCUAUUUGUUAGAGGCGUUCUGUGAUAUGCUCAGCGGGUUUCAUGGUCUUACUCCGGAGACUUCUAUUGAUACGUUUCAGUCAUUUCAGACUGCUGUGGCUGAGUUUCAGCGGCAUGAGUUUGAGGUGAGCUGGCUGAGAGAGAGUUUGUCUCGUAUGGAAGUGCAGGUAAAGAAUCGCCAUCUCAAGUUUGAGCUAGCGGAAAUGGACAGGGCUUUGAUGGAAUCGGCGUCUUCUAGGGAGAAGGCUGUGAUGGAGUUAGAGCGGGCGACCAAGGCAUUGGCGGAUGUGGACUUGGCGAUGUCCAGUUUGAGAGAGAGGAGAGCCGUGGUAGAGGCUCAGCUUAUUAGUGUGGAAGAUGAGGCUUUUGACUUAGAUAGCCAGAUAGGUCCAAGUUAGACAAGUUGAGGAAUUUCUUGUACUGGUUGAGCUAAAACCCCAAGUACUGUAUAUAUUUUUGUUUUCUCUCUCAAUCUUCUUCUUCUUUUUUU